CGGGGCGCCCUCCGGCGGUCGGGAGGACUGCGCCUCCCGGCGGCCCCCGCGGCGCUCACGUGACCGGGGCGGGGGAAGAUGGCGGAGCCGCCCGGCGCCGCGGCGGAGGAAGCGUGGGGGAAGGUGGACGCCGCGUACGGGGACAAUGGCCCGGAGCCGGCGCUCUUCAUGGACGGCGCGCGGAAGGGCAGCGUCGUGUCCCGCGCCAACAGCAUCGGCUCCACCAGCGCCUCCUCCGUGCCCAACACCGACGACGAGGACAGCGAUUACACGCAGGAGCACUACAAGGAGUCCUACAAAGACCAGCGCCGCCGGGCGCACACGCAGGCAGAGCAGAAGAGGCGCGAUGCCAUCAAGAAAGGCUAUGAUGACCUGCAGGCCAUCGUGCCCACCUGCCAGCAGCAGGACUUCUCCAUCGGCUCCCAGAAGCUGAGCAAGGCCAUCAUUCUCCAGAAAACCAUUGAUUAUAUUCAGUUCCUGCACAAGGAAAAGAAGAAGCAAGAAGAGGAAGUUUCUACUCUCAGAAAAGAUGUGAUGGCCUUGAAGAUAAUGAAAGUGAACUAUGAGCAGAUUGUAAAAGCUCACCAAGACAACCCAAAUGAGGGGAAGGACCAGGUCUCUGACCAGGUGAAAUUCAAUGUUUUCCAAGGCAUUAUGGAUUCCCUCUUUGAGUCCUUUAAUGCCUCCAUCUCAGUCACGAGUUUUCAGGAACUCUCAGCAUGUGUCUUCAGCUGGAUUGAGGAGCACUGUAAGCCUCACGUGAGUACAGCAAACACGGGUGGGUUGAUGCAAGGGCAGAGAGUGUUGUGCACAGCUGCACCUAGCUGGAGUGUAGGCCAGUGUGUAACUUUCCUUUCUCCUGGGGCUUCAGAAAGGCAGAGUGUGGCUGACACUGGACUGUGGCAUAGGAGCUCAGGUCCCUCUCAUCCCCAGCUGCUUGCUGAACUGGUUUUGUAGUGAAAGCCAGACAGUGAAAAACAGAGUUUAGAAAGAUGGUCCUUGUUCCCAGCACCGUGUUCCCUAAGACACCUAGAAGUUUGGAAGGAAUUAAGCCUUUGAUAGAAGUGAGUUGUAUGGGCAGGGCCAGGUCCUUGUUGUGCUGUGACUGCAUGGAGCCCUGCAGCCUGAGAACAUAGACAGGUGAUCGUUUCCCAUACAUGUUCUGUGAUCAUUGGCACCAGGUGUGCUAGCUGUAGCAUUGAGCCUGGGAAGGACUCUUUCUCCCCCAGACAACUGACUGUGUCUCCUCUCUGCCCCAGACUCUACGGGACAUUGUCAUCGGGGUCCUGCACCAGGUAAAGAGUCAGCUAUACUGAGCAUUCCCUCACUGGAGCACCUCCUGACCGGGUGACAGAUUCCAGGAGAGGCUGGGCCAUCUUCCUUGUGGUUGUCCUCAAAGCUUCUCCGAUUAUUUAUUGUCACUACAAAACCAAAAUAAGGCUGUGCAAACAUCUCUGCUUCACAGGUACUGUCACAGUCAACAUCACCAAAUACUGCUAAGGAUUUAGCAAAGGGAAAGAAAAAAGUGUGUACUGAAUACAGAUCUUUUAACUUGCCAGUCUUUAGCUCAGGCACGUGUGUUGCAGUUGCGUUUGCCUGUGCCACUGACUCCAAGGCUGCAGCUCAGCAGGUGAAACAGAUUUGGUCUGUAACCUUAGACCUGAUAACGAACCCUUUUGACCCUGGGAGCAGGGAGAAAUAGGAGAGAGAGACCAAAAGCUGUUGGUCUCUGCUAAUGCAGAUUAGGAAUAGGGUUCUCCUGCGACUGCAGGCUUUCAGUACCUCCCUCUGAAGCAGUUCUUAGAAAAGCAAGAGGCUGCUUUUAACUUCUGUAGAUGGUUUGGAGAACGCCCAGGAGAACUGAGAGAAGGGUUAGCAUGUCACUGCCAGGGAGAUGCUUACAUGGAACAGCAGUGAGUUCUCGUGCUGGAAAGAGUGCAGUGGGGCUGUGCUGUCCUGACCUCUUCAGUUGUAACUCUAACACCCCUGAAUGGGAAAAGGGAGUGAACUUUUUUGCAGUCUUCUCCUGCUUGUACUGGUGAGUGCUGAAUUGUGCCUGGCUUCAUCUUUUUCCAGGUGGUUAUGUGGCUAUACUGAACAGAAAAGUAGUUCAGUAGCUGCAGCACAGCACUAUGAGUUCUCACUGCUGUUCCUUAGCACCAUAAUUUUACAUGGGUAUAUAUAUUUAUAUACAUGUAACCAGCCUUGAUUUUAUUUUAUAGAUCACUGAAAUCAUUUUAUCAGUGCCAGUUUUGUAGUGUUAGACUUGUCACACACUGCUGCUGUCAACGUGAUUCAACUAAACAAGCACAGUGAGUGCAUUGGACAGCAUCAUCCUCCAUGGCAUUGAUACAUACAGCAGGAUUUGUUCUCUAAUUAUGUUCUUGCUACCACUCCAUCAGUAGCAACUAUUUAUUUUACACUGUUUUUCCACUGUAGAUGAGGUAAUGCUAAAUUUCUCAGCUCUGGGUUGCUUGAUUUGGAUACUGCAGCUUGAGAUUUUUUCAGCUAUUGCUUCUGUCUGACUUAAAUGAAGAAAAGCAUUUUGGUGGGGUUGAUUUUUUUUUUUUUUAUACAAAAUUAUUUUUCAAGCCUUGUGACCUUUUCAGUAUAAUACAAUAGAAGCCCAAGAGGAGUCAAACCCUGUGGUGUUGCACAUAACUGAUGACACUUACGGGGCAGACAUGUCCCUGGUAGGUGUUGCCUUGUGACGGAUACAAUACCGUUGUGGAUGGACAGACAAGUCAACAGCCACGUGGCACAGCUUAAUUUCCCUUAGAUGCAACCUCUUGCCUUGUGAGGAAGAUGUGGAUUUUUACAGACCUCAUGUGUGAAAGUGGCAUAUUUUUCUAUUGUGAGAAAUAAUUAAAUAAAUUUUGCUGAAUGUUUUAA